UAACCCUAAUGUCCAAUUCCCAUCUUGACCUCUUUCCAUUGACCAUCUUUCAUUUUUGGCGCUUCGAUGUGUCGCUUUGAUCUAUAAUCAUGUCAUGCAAAACUUAUUUUUUCUUUUGUAUAAUCUACCAUGCACAUGAUUAAUCGUAAUCACCUAUGUUUUAUAUGAUUUGAUUGUUGUAAUUUUUAUGAUCGAAUUAAUUUCUGGGUUCUGAGCGGUGGAUCCAAUUGAAGGGGGAAAUUUUUUGAUUGGGUGGUGAUCAUGUCAAGCAUCCGCGGUGGGGAUUUCAAUCAAAAGAUUGAUUACGUAUUCAAAGUGGUUUUGAUUGGAGAUUCAGCGGUAGGGAAAUCUCAGCUGCUUUCGCGUUUCGCCCGGAACCAAUUCAGUUUGGAUUCGAAAGCCACAAUUGGCGUUGAAUUCCAGACUAAAACCCUUGAGAUUGAUAACAAAACUGUUAAAGCGCAAAUUUGGGAUACUGCUGGCCAAGAAAGGUAUAGGGCUGUGACUAGCGCAUACUACCGAGGAGCUGUAGGAGCAAUGUUAGUUUAUGACAUGACCAAGCGUCAAACAUUUGACAACAUGGCAAGGUGGCUAGAGGAAUUGAGGAGACAUGCAGAUAAGAACAUCGUCGUAAUGCUCAUCGGCAACAAGUGUGACUUGGGGAACCUAAGAGCAGUUCCAAGGGAAGAUGCAGAAGAGUUUGCUCAAAGAGAGAACCUGUUUUUCAUGGAGACAUCAGCUCUAGAAUCGACCAAUGUUGAAACUGCAUUUCUGACAAUUCUAAUAGAGAUAUACCGAAUAAUCAGCAAGAAAACCCUUUCUGCUAAUGGUGAGCCAGAUGCCAAUGGCAGUGCUGGCCUUCUUAAGGGAACCCGGAUUAUUGUUCCCAAUCAGGAGCCACCCAUCCAAAAACAAGGCGGCUGCUGUGGUGGAUCAUCCUAAUUCUAUUUCUUUUUUCCUUUUUUUGCUAAACUUUGUUUUGAUAUAAUUUUGCCAUGCUUUCUCUAUUUG